AUGCUAAUACUAAAAUCUUAUUCUGCAAAAACGAACUUGGCGACAGAAGAAUAUUCCUUUUUUAAUAUUAACGCAGUGCCGGAAACAGUAUUACAGCAACCAGAUAUCGGCGAGCAACCAGAUAUCGGCGAGGUCAUAACUGAACAGCAACCAGGCGAGGCCAUGACUGAACAGCACCAUAAGCAACCAGAACAUAUCGGCGAGGCCAUAACUGAACAGCAACCGGAGCUUGAACUUACCAAAGACGCCUUAAAGAUAUCAGCAACUGAAGAGCCAAGUUUUACUCGACCAACUUUUUGCAAGAAACACAGGCAAGUGGUUGUCUAG